AUGUUAUUCGUGAUUCUGAUGUUAGGUGAUGAGUUCCCCUUGUCUCAACCCAAAACACCAGGUUUCUCUAGUGGAACAUAUUCGUCUGAAGUAGAUUCUUCUUCAUGUAAGAACUUAACAUCAAGGACCUUGGAAGAGAGAGAAGGAAGAUCAAAGGUUGAAGAAUCCACAAGUGAAUACUCUCCUGUGAAGAUUUUUGCACAAACAUUUGGUGUUUUCACUGAGAUCACCAACUUGGUAUGCGCUGCUACGCCACCUCAUGGCUCCACGACGGAAGGAGCACCACAGCUGCUAGGCUUUGCUGUUGAAGCCGUCGAGCUGUUGCACGGCCCCGUGGUUGAAGCUAGCACGCCCCUCCGCAGUGAUACCGUCGUGACCUUGUUGCCGUACCACCACACGCUUGGCCUUGCUAAUGGAUCCGAUGCACUCCACCACCACAUCGCCGCCCACAGCCAACUUGGCACCAUCACCAAUUUUGGCCCAAUCUUGGAGCAACUUCACUCAUUUCCUCAUUUGCCGCCGCCCUUGAUGUAUGCUCCAUCGUAUGCCUCUAAUAAAACACUAGCCCGUGUGCAAUUGGGCUCCACACACAUUAUAUAA